AGGAAGCAUUCGUUGGACAUGAAAUGACACAACACUGAGUGUCACAGCAGAGGACUUCGUCUGUACAUGUCUGUCUCUCUCUGUGUGUCCCUGUCUCUCUGUGUGUGUGUGUGUUAGUUCCGUAACUCUGGAAACAACAUGUCCGACAUUUUGUCCAGGAUAAAACAGAGCGUGGUGGAGAAGAGAAAGAAGAGAAAGAAAACGCCCGUUAAUCAGGGCGAGCUACACAAGUGGGGUUUGACAGGGAUUCAGCUGAGACAGUACCAGGUGGACGGUGUCCGGUGGUUGACCCAGUGUCUGGAGAAGCAGCAGGGGUGCAUUCUGGGAGAUGAGAUGGGUUUAGGAAAAACCUGUCAGACGAUCUCUCUGCUGGUCUACAUGUGUGGCGCUCGUAAGGACAAAGGUCCAUUUUUAGUCCUGAGUCCACUCUCUGUCCUGGAGAACUGGAGGAAAGAGCUGGACAGCUUUGCUCCGUCACUGACUGUCCUGUGUUAUAAAGGAGACAAAGAGAAACGAGCUGAGAUUCAGAGAGAAAGAUCGAUGCAGGAUUUUCACGUUCUUCUCACCACGUACGAGCUCUGCCUCAAAGACACCUCAUUCCUGAAACGGUGGAAGUGGAAGGUGCUGGUCGUGGACGAGGCUCAUCGUCUGAAGAAUCAAAAGUCACUGUUACAUAAAACUCUGACACAGUUGUGUUCAGAGUUUAGGGUGCUGCUGACAGGAACACCGAUCCAGAACAAUCUUCAGGAACUCUACUCUCUGCUGACUUUCAUCCAGCCCAGCGUCUUCACUGUGGACGAGCUGAACACGUUUGUGCAGUAUUACGCAGACGUACGGAAGAAUCCUGCUCUUGCUGCUGAACUUCAGAAGGUCUUGGAGCCGUUUCUUCUGCGCAGAGUGAAAUCUGAGGUGGCUCUAGAUUUGCCCAGGAAGGUGGAGCUGGUGGUUUAUCACGGCAUGUCGGCUCUGCAGAAGAAAUACUACAAAGCUGUUCUGAUGAAGAACUCUGAGGCGUUUGGAAACGAGCAGCGGAACAAGACUCGACUCUUGAACAUCCUGGUGAACCUGAGGAAAUGUGUCAACCACCCGUAUCUGUUUGACGGUGUGGAACCAGAGCCGUUUCAGAUGGGAGAACAUCUGGUUGAAGCCAGUGGGAAGCUCUGUCUCUUGGACAGCAUUCUGACUCUGCUGCACAAAGAGGGUCAUCGUGUCCUGCUGUUCUCUCAGAUGACCAGGAUGUUGGAUAUUAUCCAGGAUUAUUUGGAGUACAAAAAUUACAGCUACGAGCGUCUGGACGGUUCAGUCCGAGGAGAAGAACGGAAUCUGGCCGUGAAGAACUUCAGCAGCAGAGACGUCUUCAUCUUUCUGCUCAGCACUAAAGCAGGUGGGGUGGGGCUGAACCUCACGGCCGCUGACACCGUCAUUUUCGUGGACACUGACUUCAACCCUCAGAACGACCUGCAGGCCGCAGCUCGCUGCCAUCGCAUUGGUCAGAGCAGACCGGUGAAAGUGAUCCGUCUGCUGGCCAGAAACACUGUGGAAGAGAUGAUGUACUCUCGCGCCGCAUCCAAACUCCACCUCACCAACACGGUCAUCGAAGAGGGACGCUUCUCUUUACUGAAUGAACCUACCACCAGUACAGCACAGGGAAUGCAGCUCAGCGAGAUCUUGAAGUUCGGGGUAGAUAAGCUCCUGUCAUCAGAAGAGAGCUCCGUGCAGGAUGUGAAACUGGAGAAGAUCCUCGGCCUGUCACGCAACGGACAGUGGGUGAGUGACGAGGAUGUCAGCUCACACAGUGAAGAAGAGGAUGAGGACGAAGAAGAGCAGGAGGAGGAGGAGCAGGAGGAGGAGGAGGAGGAAGAGGAGGAAUCAGACAGAUAUCACAUGUACUACUUUGAGGGCAAAGACUACAGGCAGUGCACCAGCUCUAAAGACCUCAAUGCCUUCGAUCGCCUGGUGGAGGAGCAUCAGGCUGCGAUUCAGACGCAGGCGGGAGAGGGACGAGCACUGCGACACAAAGCUGGAGGAACGCCGUCGUUCGCUGCCGGGAUUCCAACAAAGAAGAGGAGAACUUUCACCGAGGCCGAGCUGGAGCUGAGGCGUCAGAAGAGAGAAGAGGCUGCAGCCAAGAGAGCCAAGACUCAGGAGGACACAAAGAAGAGACAGCAAGAGCAAAAACACAAGAACAAGUAAAGAUGGUUGAACCUUAAUCCUAACACAAGCUUCAGCAGGUCAGACCUUUGACACUGUGCGACGCCGUGUCACGUAUGUCACAGUUACGACAUUAUUGCGAUAUUAUUGUUAACAAAUCUGCUUCAAGUUCUCAACAGCUCUAAAAUACUCUCAGAUCACAUUAAUGUUUCAUUUAAGAGGAGUCUUUGAUUUGUACUUAAUUUUAAAGGGGAAUACCGGUAUUUUUGUGGGUGUGUGAAUAGAACUUACUAAAGGUUUCAUGGUUGGUCCUGCAGAUUGCCUCGGGCAGCAGCCUUGAGCCGUGAUCUUACGGGCAAUAGUGCCAUUCUUAGUUAUCUCCAUAAAAAGAGCUUUUUUAUGCCAAUCACUUAUUAUCGUUAUUGUUGUUAUUGUUAUUAUUAUUAUCAUUGUAAGAGUCUGGCAACAUUGCCAUGGUUUUGUUACAAGACUGGUGGGGUUAUUGCACUGCUGUGCUGCCAGAACAGAACAUCUCUUACAAUAACAAUCCCGGCCAUUUACUGGAGAAAAACCAGCACUUUUUAUGAACUUAACUCAGCCUGAGGCCAUCGACUGGACCAAUCAUGAAACUUUAAGUAUUAUUCACACACGCCCACAUUUAUUAUUAUCGUUAUUA